AUGGCCACUACCUUUCAUCCUUUCCCGCGCCUCCCCUUUGAGCUUCGCAGCCAAAUUUGGGCCAUGGCAGUGUACCCACGUCUCGUCCAUAUCCGCGCAACGUCUAAGCCAUCAGGCCCGGGCUGUUACUUUGCCUCUAUGAUUCCACAGGCGGAACUCAUGCACGUCUGCCGAGAGUCCCGUCAACUCGCCCCAUACCGGAAGGCCUUCUUCACCACCUUACCCGAUGACUCCGAAGCUCGGUACAUCUGGGUCAACUUUGACGAGGACAUGAUCUGCAUCCCAGACCAAUUUAUGGGAUACCUUAGAGCACAUGCGGCUGAUAUUCAGCGGCUCAGGUUUACGGCGCCAGCGGGCAGUUUUGGUGAAGGCUGGGUGACGGGUUUCGGAUAUGCUGAAUAUUUAAAAGACCGUUUUAAGCAUUUUACGGCUCUGCGGGAGGUGCAUGUGGCCAUAUCGGAAGACAUAUCUUCUUGGGUGUUAACGGCUGGAUGCUAUGGAACGUGUCCCUAUGAAAAUGUUAGAUUUCUUGACGUUCACUCGGGGCUCAUGUUAACUAUUCCUCAGGCUAAUUUAGUUGAGGAGUGGAUUUCGCGGAAGGGGUGGCUAGUAGAGAAUAUGGAUGGCAUUGAUGAGGAGUUGCAAUUUUACAUCGACAAUUGUUAUACUUUUAUUGAGGAUUGUGCAGAGGUAGACUAA